CGCUAGACCCUGCCCUCCUCUCCCUUUAGUCUAGGGCUUGGGCGGAGGGAAAGGUCGAGGGGCGGGGCUGAGGGUAGUGGAACCGCGGUUUGGCCAAGCCGAGUCACUGGCGAGGCGCACGGCCCUGGGGUGGAGCGAGUUCGGUGGCUGGUGCGUUUCUAUUUUUAACGUGAUGGUCGGCCUUCCACCUUCGCUCGGCGCUGCUCUGGCCUCACCCCCGCUUCCCACCCUCUUUGGGUUCUCACGCUUGGUUUCCCGGCCCUCCCACCUCGUCCCCACCCGGAAGGAGAAGGGUUCGUCUCUACGGUUGUUUACGAGGCCUCCCCCCCCCCCCCCGCCCCGCCACCUCGUCUAUUCGGUUCCAAAGUUCAGCUGCGCCUGGACGCCCUUCUCCGGGCUGGGCCGGGGCGGGCUCCGCCAAGGUCACGGGCGGCCCGGGCCGAGUCAGAAGAGGCGCGCCCGCCUCGUCUCGCUCGGCCGGGUCUUUGCCAGGCCGGGAGGCGCUGUUCGGAACAAACUGUUUUGGCCAGUCUCUGUAAAAUCCCUGGAAAUGGACGGUUCCAGCAAAGCACCCAGUGUUCUCCUGAGGAAAUGUUCUAGUGGAGGGGCAAAACAAGCUAGGGCCGAGGCCGAGAUCGCCUCCCGAGGUGAAGCCGGGGGAAGUUCUCCCAGGGGAGGCUCGGAAAACAGAGUAAAUCCGACUGAUGGAUGUCUCCACUGGUCCGAGCGGGCUUCAUCUCGAAGUAAAAUCACUAAAUCAGAAAGGACUGGUGAAAUUCCCUGGAAACACAUAGAUCUGGAUUACACAUAGAAAUGAUGUGUGGGGUUGUAUCAGCUGACAUUGGGAUGGAGUAUGAAGUCCUUUUAGCGUUUCCCAAAGUGGCUAAUAAUAAUAGUCAUAAUAAUAAAUCAUCUGGGGGUGGUUGACUAUUUCUAGCCCUUCAUACCCACUCUGCCGCCUCCUCCCUAGGAUAUAGUUUUCGUAAGUCUAGGAUGGAACCCAAGAACUUGUAUUUAGGUGAUUCUUGCAUUAUUGUAUAUUUUAGGGGGCACAUUCUGGGGUUCUGCACCAACACUAAUAAACCAAAUGGCUUUCUGCCAUAGUUAAGCAGAGUACCUGGAACAAAACUGAACAUUAAGAAUAAUUUCAAGGCUAUUUUAAUAACCAAUUUAUUAUAGAUUUAAGUAGAUUGGGUUACUGAUCUCAAGACCACUGGCAUUUAUUAAUAAAUAAGUUAAUAGAAACAGCAGCUGCCGUUUAUAGACCAUCUUCAAUACCAAGUAUUUUCCCUUCAGAAUCUGUGAAUUCAUCACAGUAAUUUACUGUGAUAAGGUGGUGUUUUUCUUUCCAUUUGUAAAGAUAAGGGAAUAUGGACUAAAGAGGAUUGAUAGCCCUUAAGGGCAAAGGAGGUUGUGGAGGUGAGUCUUCUUGUGAAGAAAAAUAAACAUAGUGGUUUCCACCCCACAGAAUUUUACUUAUAACAAAUGCCAUGAAAUAAUCCCUGAAGAAGAGUAGUGCAAAAAAAACUGGGGUAAUAAAGUAAAAUCAUUAGGCAGUGUACAUUCUAUAUGUUAUAUA